AUGUUUGCACCGUUCCCUUUCUCUCUUUUCAGCCUUCUGUUGAUCUGCGGUCAGCAUGCUGAUGCACAAGUGCAAGCGCAAGAACCGCUGGGGACAUUCGAUACACUCGGGGUAGUGUUUGGAAAUUCCACUGCUGGUUGUCAACAGGCCUGCAUACAACUGCAAGCCACUAGCUCCGCAGAUGUUAACAGCAGCCCUGAGUUCAUCACCGACCGGUAUUUCGCUCUCCAGCAGCGACAGCUCACGCCUGCGUGCGUGGUCCAGCCGGAAUCAGCGGACGAUGUCGCGAGGGCCGUCCAGGUUGUCAGGGAGCACCACUGCCCGUUUGCCGUGAGGAGUGGAGGGCAUGGGAACCACGUUGGGGUGUCGAACAUCCAGGGUGGACUGGUGAUUGAUUUGGGAAGGUUGAAUAGCGUGACUGUUUCUGAGGAUGAGUCUGUUGCGUUGAUUGGGCCUGGGAAUCGCUGGGUUGAUGUUUAUGAGGUGCUUGAGGAGAAGGGGCUUUUGGUUGUUGGGGGAAGGACCGCGACGGUUGGUGUUGGGGGGCUUACUUUGGGGGGUGGUAUUUCGUAUCUCUCUCGUCGCUAUGGUUGGGCUGUGGACAAUAUCCGCAACUACGAAGUCAUCCUGGCCAACGGGACCAUCGCCAAUGUGAAUAAAGAUUCGCAUCCUGAUCUGUUCUUUGCGCUGCGCGGAGGUGGGAAUAACUUCGGCAUUGUGACUCGGUUUGAUUUUGAGACACGUAGGAUCGGGAUGAUGUCUGGGGGAACGACAACCUUCAACAUGGAAGAUCUCGAGUCAAGAAAGGCAGCGCUGGGAUUGAAAGACCAGUGGCAGUGGACCACUCAUUCAUUCCUGACCCACGCUGUCAAGUACCUUUUGAAAGGCCUUGGGAGUUUCGGUCUCGCGACGAAUUCGAGGGAUGUCAUUCGGGAGUUUGUUGCUCUGGGCGAUGAGAGUCAGACAGAUGCCGGGGCGCAUGCAUUUCUGUAUCUGUCUUGGGUGCCUAGCUUCCGCUCUUUCUUAUUCGGCAUAACCAGAAUGUAUACCACCGUUGCUGGCAGUGGUACUCCCGACCCCGACCCGCCGGUGUUUCGCAACGUGAGCUCGCUGAAGAAACUGCAUUCAACCAACAGAGUGAGCAAUAUGACCGACUUUGCACGAGAACUCGACAGCCAGAACGCAGUGCUUAGAGGGGAACUAAACAUAUGGCGGACCGUUACACUCAAGCUCGACGCCGAUUUGAUUUCAGACGUUUACGACGUGUUUAUUUCCGAUGUGCACCCGUACACCACGACCCCUGGUGCUCUUUUCUCGUGCAACCUGCAAAUGCUGACAAAGUAUGAGAUUGGAUUGUUUACCCAGAAUGGAGGGAAUGCAUUCGGCAUUCACCCAGAUGAAGGCCCAUUAUUCUUAUUCAGUGUCACCUUCUCCCAGGAUGCCGCGGACUAUGAGCGCUUUGAAGCUCUUGCGGAAAAAAUCAUGAGCGAUGUCACUUCUUUGGCAAAAGAACGGGGCCUCUACCAUCCCUUCAUAUACCAGAAUUAUGCCGGUCCUGGGCAGGAUGUCUACGCUGGGUACAGUGAGGAAAAUCGUGCCCGGUUGAGACAGAUUCAGCGGAAAUACGACCCAGAGGGAGUUUUCUGGAAAUUGCAACCUGGAUACUAUAAGGUGUAA